AUGUUCCAAAUGACCCCAAAGUCCUCUAUAUCUUCGCAGUUACCGAAGCUAUCCAGAGCUGGUGAACAGUUGAAAUCAAUGGUUCAACUACCUGGACCAUUCGCCGAGCUCCCUCGUCAUCCCAUCUUGUACAACCACUUUUCACCAAUCCACCCACUACCCUCUCUAUCGACCCCCUCCCAAAGACCAAAACAAGCCGGAAUUAACAUAUAUGCCAAGCGGGAAGACCAUGGAGCACCACUCGCCUGUGCAGGCAACAAAUACCGCAAGCUCGAAUAUAUAGUGCCAGACAUCUUGUCACCCACACCAACAUACCACUACCACGAACAUCACCCCACAACCGAGAAACUAAAUGGCCCGGCAACCAUUUUAGUAACCGAGGGUGCAAUCCAAAGCAACCACACCGUCCAAGUCGCAGCACUCGCGCACACUCUAGGCCUCAAGGCCCUAGUCCUUCUUUCCCGCGGCACGGGCGGCGGGCUUCUUGCCAGUCAUGACCAAGAUGCCUUCGUAAGCUCAGGGAACGUACAAAUCAACCGAAUGCUAGGCGCUGAGGUACGAGUCCUAGAGGAAGGCGAUCCAAUUAGUAAUGACGCCAAUCCCGUCCUCGAGGAACUCCGCACGCGUGAAGAAAGGCCCUACUGGAUCCCCGGCGGCGCAAGCCUCCACGCGCUCGGUGGGCUAGGAUAUGCGCGAGCUGCUUUUGAAAUCGAAACACAAGAGCGUGAACUCAAUCUCAAAGGAUCAGGCCAAUUCGAUUAUAUUUUCGUAGCCUGUGGCAGUGGAAGCACACUCGGUGGGCUAAUUGCCGGAUUCAAGCUUGGAGAACCGGCGAUUACCACGAGGCAGAUAAUCGGGGUUUUGAAUUCACCUACCAAGCCGCGAUCGUACCAUGAGGCGCGAGUGUUGACAUUUGCGAGACGGGCUGCGGAGCUGAUUGGGUUUGAUGGGAAGAAUAGGCUCGAGAGUGAACAUGCAAUUAUUACGGAUGAUGUGAGGCUUGAAGAUCGGUUUGUGGGGACUGGGUAUGGGAUUUUGGAUGCCGAGACUAAGGAGGCCAUGGAAGUUAUGGCAAAGUCGGAGGGUAUCAUUCUGGAUCCCGUGUAUACGGGAAAGGUAGCCAGAGCAAUGAUGCAGUGGGUGAGAGAACAUGAGAUACAGCAGUUUGCGCGGCAGCGUGAGUUGGAUGAAGUGAAUGUGCUGUUCAUCCAUACAGGAGGUCAAGCUGCGCUAGGAGCCUACGCAGAUGUGAUCUAG